UCACUCAACUCCCCUCACUCCACUCUCCCUCAGUCAACUCCUUUCUCUCCCACUUGGUCCCUUGUAUUCUGUUUUAUGUGUCACUUGGAGGGGUCAGGAGGUUUCAGUCUUUGGAUGGUAACUUUGUGGAUAAUAGGGAGGCAGGACUGCUCAGGUGGCAUGUGGUAAGUAACUUUUGUCUUGGCUAAAAUGGGAGGGAGAGAGGUUAAUAUGGAGUCCUCUAAUAGAUUGAUUUUCACUUGUUUGUUGGGAAGGGAGAUUAAAAUUUCAACUAGCCCAAUGGGCUGAAAGCAACAAUAUUAAUGGGAGGCCAAUGCUACCAGUUCGGCUACUUCAUACUUUGGUUUUUGCAGUAUGUGUAGGUCUCUUCUAUACUUGGGAAGCAGAGGAUCUAAUAUUUUUCUUGAAGGGAACAUUAGUUGUUGCCAUGUACCAUACAUAAUCCAUUCAAAGAUAGAGGCUGUGAGAAACUUUGCAAUUUGAAGAAACAAUUCACUACAUCUCUUGUGCUGAGAGUGCACUUCUUCCAGUCCAUUCUGCAGAAUUACUUGCAUUUGACAUCAUUUGGGAAAAUUCUUCUUAUUAGUUACAACUUUGUAGCAUUCUUAAGUUCACGUGUAUAGGUCUAGUGACCAAAGUAGACAAUUAUAUGCAUAUUGCGGACAAAAACAUCAUUUAAAUUUCUUUUUUAGUAUCCGUUUCUGUGAUGGACUGGAACUCAAAGACUGCACCAGAAUGGGAGUGGGAGAGUUUAGCGGCAUUCAGUGACAAGACAAAUAUUACAAAGCGGGUACAACCUUCAAACAAUGAAAAUGAAGUAGAUGGAGCAAUAGAUAAUGUGCCAAUAUAUUCAUCUUGGGGGCGUGGUUUGGCAGGCUCUAAUUUGGGGCAUAUCUCUUCAUCCAAAAGCUCCAUCUCAGCUUCAGGUGAUUCUUCAUUGAAGGAUGGAAUGAAGACUUAUGAGAUGGGUGGCAGUUUUCCUGAAGAUUCCAGUAGAAACAAAGAGUUUACUUGGGUAGACAGUGUUGGGAAUUUUUCGUCUUCGGAUGCUUCUGUCAUCUCUGGGGAGUCAAUAAUUGGAUUAAAACUUGGCAAGCGAACUUAUUUUGAAGAUGUUUGUGCAGCAGCUACCUCUAAGUCCCCUUCUGUUUCUAUGAUUUCUGCAUCCUCUGUCGCUACCACGAAAAGAUCUAGGUCAUCUAAUCAGAAUGCUCAAACUCCACGGUGCCAAGUUGAAGGAUGCAACCUUGACCUCAAGUCAGCUAAAGAUUACCAUCGCAGACAUAGAAUCUGUGAAAGCCAUUCCAAAAGCCCCAAGGUCAUUAUUGCCGGUUUGGAACGUAGGUUUUGCCAACAAUGUAGCAGGUUCCAUAAUUUGUCGGAAUUCGAUGAUAAGAAGCGAAGCUGUCGUAGACGUCUCUCUGAUCACAACGCACGACGCCGUAGGCCACAGCCAGAUGUCGUCCAAUUCAAUCCUGGGAGGGUGUCUCCAUUUUAUGAUGGAAGACGGCAGCUGAAUGUUGCGUUUAAUAGGGUGCCAUUCCAUGCUGCAAAUCCAGUGUGGCAAAAUGCAUCUGAUUUUAAGGUCAUGCAAAUCAGAGAUUCUGUGGUUAGGCCCUUCAAAGCUGGAGGCACUCAUAGGCAUCGCAAUUUGUUCUCAACUGAACUGCCAGAUGCCUCUUCUUUGCAAGAAAUAGACUCGAAUAAGUUCUUGUCUUUUGGGUGCAGUACACCUCGGGCCUCAAGUCAAGGUUUAGAGGCAUCUGCAUCCAGUUCUGACAUUGAUGGUCACCCAGAUCUUCAGCGUGCUCUCUCUCUUCUGUCAACCACUUCCUGGGGUUUGAAUGAGCCUGAACGCACUUCUAUGGAUCAGUUGGCACAUGUAAACUCAACCAGCAUGGUCCAGCCAGUGACACAUGCAGACCUGCCAAACUGGCCGUUUUCACCCUCGCAACCUGACCCUGAGCCGCAGGUGCAUUCAUUGAAUUUUCCCAGCAGUAGCAGCAACAAUAACUUACAGGAGUUGCAGGUUCCCAUUCCUAAAGCUCCUAACCAGUCUGACUGCUUGUUACAUACCAGUCAAAUAAAUUGACUUCUAACAACAAAACUAGGUGUUAUAAAAAAUUUGAGAAUAAUAUUUGUAGUUUCACCUCUCCAAAUUAUAGCAGUUAAACUAGCAAUUUUGAAAAAUUAAAUUGCCCCUACGAUUAUUAAAGCCAUGGUACAACAUCUUAUGAGAUG